AUGGUGGAUUGGAAAGAGCGAGGCUACGUGCCUGACUCAGAUGACUCAGAUGAAGAUGUCCGAGAAGAGAUCGGCUCAAAUCCAACCCAGGAGCACCAGAUCGACACUCAGAUCGGCCACUCGUCGAUUCCGACACAUCCUAAGGUCAACUCUUUGACAGCGUUCCACAAUGGAACUGCUUCAAAUGCCCCAGCAGGAGAUGAUUUUCUUGCUUUGGAAGACUCUGGCGGCGAGAAGUACUCCGUCCAGCAGUCAUCAUCCACCAAUCCAGCAAGCUCGAUCGCCAACAGGCUUGAGGCAGAGCUCAACAGGGGAAUUCAACUCACACAAGACGUCCUUGGGUCUUUCAUUGACCGAGACGAUGCCACAGACAGUCCACUCUCGUCACCACCUGCUUCACUACCUGAUUCCCCUCGUCAGGACGCGCCUGGGGUGCGGACAUCAUCGUUGACCUCCGUGGGGGCCAGUAACCCCGAUGUAUUAGCCGCUGGUCAAACCUUGACCUCAAUGCCACCACUUGGUCGCUCUUUCAGAAGACGUGCCCCGAUACAGCUGCACCCAUAUGCCCUUGAAGACGCCAAAUAUCGACAGAGUCUGAAGGAUCGAGGGCUGAAACCAGUUCGUACAUUUGGACCUGCUCAAGACCCACAGAACAGUGCUCAGGGUGACUCUCAGAGUGUUGAUGCCCCUCACAGCAGCCAGAUGGAUGAAUCUUAUGACCAAAGCCCCUGUUCUAGUCCCAUGAUGCAAGAUGUGGCUGACGAAUCUCAAUCACUCGUUCAAGCCACUCGAAUACCCAUACCAGAUGUUGACCUUGGGGAAGAUCUUCCAGAAUUGAAUGAUAUUCUACAUAGUAGCAUCGCUCGGCCUCCUGGCGUAGCAGCAGUCAUUCGAAAACGACUUCAUCAAUCCAAGAAAGCCUCACGGAUUGCAAUUCAUGAUGGAUACCACAUUUAUGAUCUCCCAGUCGAGGAGAAUGAAUCCGCCGAAGUGUCAAGAAGAACGCGACCUAUGUUUCGAGUCCCACCAUCCCCUCCCCGCUCUCGAGAUGAUCUGUCAUCGCAAGGCGCUGUUAAUAUUGAUGAAGACCAACACUCCCAGAGCGGUACGACACUGUUUUCAAUUCCGACGCCCUUGCUGUCGUCGGGAACGCGCGCUAAGAGACGGCUGCAGCGGUCUGCUUCGCUAUCUUCUCGUGUCUCCACUUCGUUCGAUAUCAGUGAUGAUCCAUCGGCCUCUGCGUUGUCAGAACACUCCGGCGGUGACUCACAAGGUGUUCAACGCCUGCAACGCAAGAUCAAAGGAGUGUUGCCGGCAUCAUGGCUCAAGUUGGAUCAGAAGAAACAGCGAGAUAUUGGAAAGCAGACACAGAAGCCUUCACACUCUCCAGUAAAAUUCAGCGUUGAGAAGGGAGUGGCUAAACAUGUUUCGGGAAGUAUCACCCGAACUAUGCACGGAGAUAGCACUCGGUCUGCUCUGGACGACUUUGACCUACUCAGUGAGAGUGAAAAUGAGAGCGAUAACAAUAAGUCUGCCGACUUUGGCGAUGGUCUUAAUGUUGAGGCCCGCUUUGAUUCAUUCAUGGAUGACGUUGUCGAAGACAACGCCGUCGAUGCUAUGAUUCCGCCCCGAAGCAGAAAUAAUCCCCGAAUAAAGAAGCAGCAAAAGCUUAGAGACGUGUGGGCAAACCCCAGUAACAUCUCACUCGAUAGCGGUGUGUCCUCUCACAGCCAUCAUUCAGCGGCAAGAAAGACACGACCGAAAGCGAGGGGAGGGGCGCCUCCGCGCAAAAGAUUGAAGCAGUCGCAUGCAAAACCUCAGAUGACAGUGCUUGACGCACCUGGAUUUGAAGAGCCGGAGAUUCCACGAUUCCUUAGAAUCGCUGCAAGACCCAAAAAGACAUCAAAUCGACCGCCUGGCCAAGAUCAGUCAACAAAAUUCUUCAAGCUUGCAACAAAGCAAGAUACAUUAGAUGUAAGGGCUGGACUGGCACAGUGGAAGCCCCGUCGCACACAAAGAUACCUAAUGCGCCCCUCAAACAAUGUACCGCACAGCCAACCCUUGAUAUCUCAGCCGCGUCCUCAGCCGGAUCUUUCUGUCACUGAACAAAACGACAACGACAUCACCCAUCUCACUCUCCUCAAGCAAAACACAGAAGCAACUCUCAAACGCGUUCACCUCAAUCAGAUACAGAGGGACGUGUUGUAUUCUCAACCACCUCUCCAUCAUCAGCCUCCAUCCAAUUCCCUUGCUGAAUAUUUCAGACCUCGUCCUACAUUGUCUGGCCAUUCGAGUCGGAGACAGUCCUUUGACCCUAUCAAACGCUCUCACACGCAGAGUGAGUCAAGUGCAAACCCACCGAAGCAACUACCAUUGCCUCGUCGUGUUCCUCGGAAUACGUCGACUGCUUGGGACAGCAGCAAGCAGCAGAAUCAACGGUCUACCCCAAAUCCUUCUUCAACCACAAGGCCUCCCCAGUCUUCCUGUAAACAUCGUCCAAGAAAACAACGCCCCACAGCUCUGAUGGCAUCACAAGCCCUCUUGCAUGAUCUAGAUAAUCACAAUGACACAACACAUGGCGCAGAUGAAAUCAAGACUUCUCCUUUCACAAAUACAUCCCUGAAACCUUUCACCGAAGAUGGCAUUCUCGCACAUUUGAUGGGCCAUGCUCCAGGAAACAAGCCUCUCAGCAAAGAAGGUUGUUUGAGCUCAUCUCAUUUAUGGGACAGCGGCAUUCUCCAGAGAACUGUCGAGGCAAUGGGAGACUUAGGUCGACUCCUUGAGCCAAGCAACUCAACUACUAAGGUUAUUAAACCUGAUUCUGGCCAAACCAUGACCUUAGGUUCGUGGUCAUUGGACGUUGACUAUCUCAUGUUCGAGCUAUGCUCAGUCAUCGUCAGAAUUACUGAGUUUAACCCUGCCACUGUUCAAAUUCAGGCCCUGACCAUCAGCUCCUGGCGCGACAACAGAAGUGCUUGCAACGCAACUCAGCGACACCAUCAAUUGAUGACUCGCUGUCAAGAAUCCCUUGAAACUCUCAUUGAGUACAUAAAUGACACUUUAUGCUUUGCCAGUCGUGGACAGAUUGACGACUUCAUCAAAUCCGGCAUAUCAAUGGUUGAGCGAAUCGUGCAGGAGAUCAAUUUUCAAGAACAUGCAAAAGUAGGGGUUACUGCUUCACAUCUGCUCAACGUAUUCAACAGAGUCAUCCUCUUCAGCUACCAAGUCACAAAAAUAGCAGAAUACAGCAGUCACGAUGAGUCGUCGACCAAGCAAGCUCUCAUUGCUCACGACUCUCUCACACGUCUUGCUUGGUCAAUUGCUCUCAGGGAAGAUCACGCAGGCCACCUUUUCUCUUUUCUUCAAGGCCUCACAACGAUAAGCGCGAUCGGAAAAACCAGUCCCGGCGCAGAGAUAGAAACUAUUAUCAUUGUCCAUCAGCUCUUCCCUGGCAACGUCUGGGAAGUCUAUAUGGAUCAGUUUCUCGUCCAAAAGUUCAAGGAACCUGACGCCUGUCCCGGAGAAAUGCUGGCAUACACGGUACUCGUUCUAGGAUGUGUCUAUUGCCUAUUCGGUAUCGAGCAAGAAGACCAUGAGAUGGAUGGCCAGAACACAAAGCCCCCAAAGGAAUACGGCCUGAUUUCGCUACAAAAAACCCUGCCUGUCUUCCUCAAAUUCUACCUCGACGUGAAGCACAAUUACCAUGGUGAACGCAAACGAUCAAGCACAAGAAAUUUGCGGGACGCAGAAGGAAUGAACAAGCUCGCUCAAUAUGGUCUGGUCGCCUUCAAAUGGUGUUUCUUGCUUGUGAGCACCAUAGGUAGACACAGCGCCGACCAACUGUUAAAGAAGAUAUUGAAAUGCUACGGCGACAACAAGAUGCAUGACCUCUUUUCCAGGGAGCCUUCUCAUGCCAUGCCAGCUUUUCUAGCUCAACAAAUCCCACCUUCAGAGCUUGUCCUAGACUUUCAUGACAAGGACUUCCACAUAUUCCUCAAGUUUGUUGCCUCAAGUCUAGUUAUCCACCACCGACCAUCCGAGGGCGAGAACUCCUAUCGACUGAGAAAGUUAGCAGCACGAAAGCAAUCGUUGGUGUUCAGUCUGCUACCAAACAACGCUUUUCAGGUCAAAGAUGAAGAGGCUCUCACACUUCGGGAUCUUGCAGCUGUCGCAAACCGCUACAACUUAUUUUCUACGCUGUACCACUAUUCUCCUUCCGGCUACAAGCCCCCCUUGGUGAACAUUGAGAAUCUCAUUGUCUUCAGCGAAUCUCACGAGGCAGUGUGCAACCUUGCUCUACAAUGUUGGGCCAGUAUUGGCAGAUCUGCUAUUGCUCAAGGGGAAAAUGAUGCAGGGCUGACAGAACUCUGUCGUUGGAUUCAAGACAUGUUUGUCCAGGUGACUAAGAAAUUGGCCUCGAUUCCAUACAACGGGGAAGGAAGUUUUCCGGAACAACGAGUGAACAGCGUCAAUCGUGAGACGGCAACUCGUAUCCUCUGUACCAUAGCACAGACCUGGACCGAUGUGAUCGAGCUAUGCCCGAGCAAGAUACAAGCGCAGCUAUUAAUCAACCCUGAUGGAGUCUUCUCUCGAAUAUUUACUCUCGAGGACAUCCUGCAACUAUGCCGAGUCAACCCAGGUUUACCUGACCAUGUCAUUGUUGAAGUCCUCAAUGUUGUCCGCAGCUAUCUAAAGAAGCCUUCAGACCAUACGAACCAUCUAUGUGAAGAGUGGUUACAAAGCGAAAUCCAGAGUAUCAUUCGCUACCAAUUUGAUCAACGCGUCUUGCCUACGGAUGACUUGCUAGUCGCUUUGGUGGACACUUGGUACGAGCUUGCGAAGACAUUGGUAGACGACAAGGUAUUUUCCUGGGACGAUUAUCUCAAUCCGGCAUCGAAACUAUCUUUCGUCAUGAUGAUGGAUUUUCCAACCUGGGCACACUGCGAAGCGCUCUUCCUAAACAAAGCCUUGAUGCAUAAAGCAUGCUUCGAGACCGACAGAUUCGGGCCCUUCCAGAUUUGGCUAAGUUCGAUGUUGCUACCCAAGGAGUCUCCCAAAUUUGAAAACACUCUCACAAGUCGACUUGUGGAGAUUGCCCCGGACACUCUUGAUUUAGCAGAUCUUGCUGUUGGUCUUUAUCGCGAGACUUCGCUCGAUAUCCCUGCUAACUUUCCUCCUGUCGUUAAACAUCGACUGGAGAUUGUUUUGCAUAUCAUCCGCAGUGUUCACAAACACCAUAGCAACAAGGACAACUCAACUGUCGGUGUCCUGAGCAAAUCUCAAACCCUAGAGCUUUUGAGAACAAUUCAAAACGUUUUGAGCUGGAGAUGGAGAUGGAUGAAAAAUUCCGACCUCAAAGCUGAAUGGGCCGUUUUCAUCAACGAAGUCGUUUUGGAGAUGACUCUUUACCCUGUAGAAGGAAACGAGAUCGACGAAUGGAUGACCUCGUCUGAAAUCCGAGGCUUUGAACAUGAGGCUGUUCAAGUGCGACGUGUCUUCGCCAAAGCAUUUGCACAAGGACGAACGGAAGUCAAUGCAGUGGACGACUUUAAGAGAUGUGUUCAUGCAUUCCGCGCCGCCUGCGAAGCUCUAUGUAUCAAAAACAGUUCUUCAUUUGGAUAUUGGCACACAAAAGCCACCUUCAGAGCUAUCAUGGGAGAAUGCAUCGACGGAAAGGGCAAUUACCAAGUCAACAUUCAAGCUCAGACGCAAUUUCUCAAGGCAGUGCUUCCAGUAUAUAUAACUAAAGCACUCGACGACACAACUCCUGCGAUGCUCUUCGCCGUGCCUACGCUGGAAAUCGCCAACCGACUUAUGUUAGCCGUGGAACUUCGCUUUGACUUUCACGACGUCGUGGCGAUGGAAUCCUUCGCCGAGCUAGCAGUCAUGCUACUCCGCGCGUCGUACCUCUGUCUCAAAGGGCAGGCAAACAAGUUCGAGAAACCACACGACUGGGAAGUGCUAACAAUCUUACGCACCAUCGAAUCGGUUGCGGUUGCGGCAAUGGCCUGGGGUAGACUGAAACUUGCCCACGCAGAGUCCGAAUCAAUUGCGUCGCUUCAGACGCAGGUGCAGACUUACGUCUGCUUUACCUACGAGUACAUGGUGUGGAUUUGGAGGCUAAGCGUGCCCUACAUCGAUGCCGAGUACACGACGAAGCUUUCCCGUCUCGCGUUUACGAGAAGAGCCGACGAAGAUUUCGGCUUCUACAUGCCGUACGCGGACCCGGGGGCAACCGAAGAGCUGGAGAGCCUGCGUGAGAUCGCCGGAGAAGACCUCGAGUUUGCCGCCAGGUCGGUCUGGCAUCGAACAAAGCUCGACCAGUUCCGAGGCCCGGGUUGGCGGUACAAGGGGGUGGAGGAGGAGGUGUUCGCGGUCGCUUACGAGCUAGACCAGGAGUUGCGCCUGGCCAAUGCGGUCUUGGGCUCCUUGCUAUCGGCAAUGGAGUUCCUUGGCUUGCGGGAGCCAGAGGCAUGGAGAGCAUAG